AGUGGGGCCUGCAAAUGCUAUUGUUCCAAGCGGGCCUGCUCUUUGCUAUUCUUCUAACCGCAUAUGCCCCAUAUACACCACAAACAGUGGCCCAAGCUCCCCUGGGGCUCCAUCCUGUAGUUGCUGGGUAGACAACUUUGGUGGCUUUUGGGGGCCAGAUCAAGAAUUGGGGUCCUGCAAGCCACUGUGAAAAAAUCGCGUCGCAUUUUCUCGCAGCUUCGGAGAACAGGCUACAAAGGCUCAACCGGCCCUUUCGCUUUGUGGUCACAGCAUAUUCGAUUCUCACAGCAGCUCUCUUCCUUUGAUUCCAUUGGCUCCUGCCCUCCCUGCAAAACUUACUCAGCUGUCUUGCUCUCCCUGCGUUCGCCUGAAACCAUGGCCCCAUUAAUCCUACACAACGUGCCAGACGACGAGCUGUACGUAGGAGACGACGGUAUCAAGAGACCAUAUGCCAUGGUCUUUCCACAGCAGGAUGGCUCGCUGAGAGCGAGGAAGGCAGUCAACGAGACAGGGUCGUUUGGAAAGUCGACGCGACGGGCGAGGUCGAAAACCGCGACGCCUGCGAGAAAAGAAGAUCCAACCAUAGCCGCUGCCGAUAAGAUCUUUAGCAACUGGAUCGCGAACCAAGCCCCCAUCAACCAGGCCCCCGCGCCAUCACAAAGCGACAGAGCUGCGCAGAACCAACGGCGUCCAAGUCUUCACCCAUCGACUUCUCAGCAGAAUCUCUCCCAAAACGACGAGAAGGUACCGCCAGAAGCCAAAUUCAUCAAGGCCAAAGAGCCAACCGAGGUCAUACUGCGAGGGUACCGCUCCGCCCAACAGCAAUAUGCCGCCAUCAACCACUACGAGCAGCUCGCAGGGAGAAUAUGCGAGGACUACUCGCGUGACCCCCCAGUGGAGAGCAGGCGAUACAAGUCCGAACUCCGGGACCCAGCAUUCGCCCGCCGGAAGGCCCUCACCCCAGAAGAACGCGCCAAGGUUAAUAAAGCCGACAGUGGGUUGCACUGGGUGAAGGUCACCUUCGAGUCCGCCGAGGCCGCCGAAGCAGCCAUCUAUGCCUCUCCCCAAAUCAUCCUAGGUCAUCAGGUCUUUGCCGAGCCAUACACCGGCCUCCCACCUCCGCGCGACGAAGCCGUUCCCGACCCAUCCAUAGCCGCCGGCUUCGGCAUCCAGCGCACCAACUCCGGCAGACGCCAGUCACAACAACAGCCCCGAGCUGGCACCGCGGCCGCCGCAGGCUUCAACCCAGCCUGGCUCAACCCCGACAGCUUCGACUCUGGGUUCUCCCACACCUCUAGUCACACAGCAGACACCGGCACAGCCGCCUCUACCGACUUUGAGACACAGCCUCUCUCUCGAACCGUCACACCGCCCAACCCAUUUGCCUUUGACAAUAUCGUCGCCGAGCAACCCCGGCAACAAGAUAAAGAUGCGGAUGAUUUCUGCCGGCUGAUCCCCGAAGUGAGGAAGGUUAAGCUCCUUCCCAUGGAACAAGCUCUCCUGCCCGCCCCGUCGGUCGCCCAGCGGGUAGCACACUACGUUCCCUUCAUCAGCUGGUUCAACGGCGCCAUGAUCGGGACUCAGGUCCCACGAACCGAGCUUGGCGAGUUUGACUGGGUGGCUGCGAGUCUGUACUGGAAGUUUUUGUGGUGGUUGGAUUUCUUGUUUGGGUUGUUUGGGGGUGAUAUCCGGAAGGCGGCAGACCAGGAUGACUAAGAAGGGAGAGCAAAGGAGACAAAGAAGGAGACAGAGAUUUUUUUUGGCAUGGAUUAAUGAAUUGAUAGACAGAGCCCCUGUUGACACUUUUUGCGGCGGAGUUGCAUAAAUAGGCAGGCGUUUAGGAUUUGUUGUUGCGGGCAGUGGUUAUUCGUAGUUUUAACUGUUUACACC